UUUAAUAGUUAUCUUUUAUCUUUUAUCAUUUAUUAUUUAUCAUUUAUCAUUAAAAUUAUAAUAGUAUUUAAGCAAUAUUUUUACUAAAAUAAAAAAAUUUAAUCUUAGAAAAAUGAGGUCAGCUCUUUUAUUUUUACUUUUACUAUGCAGUUUUGGAUUUAUAAAAUGUCAGGAUACCUUAGUAUUGUCAGCUACCAUUUAUGACCAAAGUCCUUUAAGAAAUCCCGAUUUUGAAAUUCCAAAUGCACCAAAUGCUGUUGUUCAGGAUAUAGUUUUGCAAAAUCUUGGUUCAGAUCAAACCCCAGUUUAUUGCUGUGGUGAUACUCCAGUUACUUUUGGUAACCAAAUUGUAGUGCAUAACUCCACAACAUUUGCAAGUUGGUUUCAUCUUAUUGACGGUGUUAGUUAUGCAAUUCCAUACUCUUUAACUUUGGUUAAAGGUGAUGAUGAUCUCUAUAGAUAUCAAUCAAGUUCUUUCUUCCCAAUCGAUGGAUUGGGCUUCGCAAAUCAAACUCUUUUCCCAGGCGAACCAACUUAUAACGGCCACAAUUAUCAUUUUUGCAUGAAAAUUCAUUAUGGUUUUACAUAUCAUGGUGGAGAAUACUUUACUUUUGCUGGAGAUGAUGACGUUUGGGUAUUCUUUAAUAAUGUUUUAAGAAUUGAUAUUGGUGGUUUACAUACAUCAGCAUCAAGAAGUGUUUAUGUAGAUGACCUUGGUCUAACCGUCGGAGAAACUUAUCCAUUCGAUUUCUUUUAUUGCGAAAGACACACCUGGGAAUCUAAUCUAAAUAUUAUUACCAAUUUGAACUUUAGCUGUCUCUAUUAUGAUGCUUGUGGUGUUUGCCAAGGUAACAACGAUACAUGUUGUCAAGUUCGUCAAUGUGAUUUAAUCAAUCAUUGUUUAGAGCCAGUUUGUGGUGAAGAAACCAACUUUGAAUGCCAAUACAAUGCAGUUACUUGCGACGAUAACGAUGCAUGUACCUCUGAUAGUUGUGAUGUUGGUUUCGGUUGUCUUAAUUUCCCAGUUCAGUGUUGGGAUGGAAACCAUUGUACCGAAGAUUAUUGUGAUGGUGCCAGAGGUUGCGUACAUACUCCUAUUGCCAAUUGUUCAGAUUGUCCACUUACAGGUUGUAUAUCAAAUGAUGCUUGUGUAUUAAUGGAAUGUGAUCCAACCAAUUCUACCAAUUGUAUUUCAAGAGCAAUUAAUUGUUCGAAUUCAGAUCCAUGUAUCGAUUCAUUUUGCUUGGAUGGGGAAUGUGUAUACGAAUAUACUUGUAAUGUUACUGUAUCACCAAGUGAUACACCAUCUCAUUUACCAAUUUCAACACCAUCAAUUGAACCAACCCCAACACCAACUGGUACACCAAUCCCAGAACCACCAACAUAUCCUCCUGCAUACCCAGCUCCAAAGGAUUUACCAUUACACUGUUUACGUUGUGAAGAUCUUAACUGUGAUUCCGAAUUUUUGAGAUGUACAUAUAUUAAAAAUGAAUCAUUCGAAUCUGAUGAAAAUUGUUCAGAUUGUUGUUCUUGGACUCCAACAUGUUAUUAAAAAAAAACAAAAAAAAAACAAAUACUCAAUAACCCAUUUUUUAAAAACGAAUAUUUAUAGCUUUAUUUUUCAAUAAUCUAUUUACAAAGACAAAUAAAAUAAAUAAAAUUAAAAUUCUUUUCUCACUUUU